AUGACUGCGGAGCUGCAGCAGGACGACGCGGCCGGAGCGACCGACCGCCACGGCUCGAGCUGUCAAAUGCUGUUGAAUCAACUGAGAGAAAUCACAGGCAUUCAGGACCCUUCUUUUCUUCAUGAAGCUCUGAAGGCCAGUAAUGGUGACAUCACCCAAGCAGUCAGCCUUCUCACUGAUGAAAGAGUUAAAGAGCCCAGCCAAGAGACUGCUGCAGAACCAUCUGAAGAAGAGGGGAGUGCUGCCAGCAAAGAGGAAUUAACAAAAGUGAUAGACCUUACUCACGAUAGCAAGGAUGAUCUUCAGGCUGCCAUUGCUUUGAGUCUACUGGAGUCCCCCAAAAUUCAAACUGAUGGAAGAGAUCUUAACAGGAUGCACGAGGCAACCUCUGCGGAAACUAAACGCUCCAAGAGAAAACGUUGUGAAGUCUGGGGAGAAAAUCCCAAUCCCAAUGACUGGAGACGAGUUGAUGGUUGGCCAGUUGGGUUGAAAAAUGUUGGCAAUACAUGUUGGUUUAGUGCUGUUAUUCAGUCUCUGUUUCAAUUGCCUGAAUUCCGAAGACUUGUCCUCAGCUAUAGUCUACCACAGAACGUACUUGAAAGUUGUCCAAGUCACACGGAAAAGAGAAAUAUCGUGUUUAUGCAGGAGCUUCAGUAUUUGUUUGCUCUGAUGAUGGGAUCAAAUCGCAAGUUUGUAGACCCUUCAGCAGCCCUGGACCUCUUAAAGGGAGCGUUCCGAUCACCCGAGGAACAGCAGCAAGAUGUGAGUGAGUUCACACACAAGCUCCUGGAUUGGCUGGAGGACGCCUUCCAGCUAGCUGUCAAUGUUAACAAUCCCAGGAACAAAUCUGAAAAUCCAAUGGUGCAGCUGUUCUAUGGUACUUUCCUCACUGAAGGGAUUCGUGAAGGAAAGCCCUUUUGUAACAAUGAGACCUUCGGCCAGUACCCCCUUCAGGUAAACGGCUACCGUAACUUAGACGAGUGUUUAGAAGGGGCCAUGGUGGAGGGUGACGUUGAGCUGCUUCCUUCCGAUCAUGCAGUGAAGUACGGACAAGAGCGUUGGUUUACAAAACUACCUCCAGUGUUGACCUUUGAACUCUCAAGAUUUGAGUUUAAUCAAUCCCUGGGUCAGCCAGAGAAAAUUCACAAUAAGCUUGAAUUUCCUCAGAUCAUCUAUAUGGACAGGUAUAUGUACAGGAGCAAAGAGCUUGUUCGAAGUAAGCGAGAGUGUAUUCGAAAACUCAAAGAAGAAAUAAAAAUUCUGCAGCAAAAACUGGAAAGGUAUGUGAAAUAUGGCUCGGGCCCAGCCCGGUUCCCGCUUCCGGACAUGUUGAAAUACGUAAUUGAAUUUGCCAGUACAAAACCUGCCUCAGAGAGCUCUGUGUCUCAAAGUGAUGCAUGCAUGACAGAACCACUUUCUUCAGCACACUGCCUGACUUCUGACCUGACAUCCAAGGAAAGUACAAGUAAAGACAGCACGUCUCAGGAAGCUGAAGGAACCUUUUCUUCCUCUGAAGAUUCUGCGCACAAGUCUAAGAUGGCAGAGCAGCCACCUGCACCUCCCCGUUCUUCCGUGGAAAUGCCCGCACACCCAGCUCCUCGAACAGUCACAGAUGAGGAGAUAAACUUUGUUAAGACGUGCCUGCAGAGGUGGAGGAACGAGAUUGAACAGGAUAUACAAGACUUAAAGAACUGUAUUGCAAGCACUACCCAGACUAUUGAGCAGAUGUACUGUGAUCCUCUCCUCCGUCAGGUGCCUUAUCGCUUGCAUGCAGUGCUGGUUCACGAAGGACAGGCAAACGCGGGACACUACUGGGCCUACGUAUACAAUCAGCCGCGGCAAGUCUGGCUCAAGUACAACGACAUCUCUGUUACCGAGUCCUCCUGGGAGGAACUUGAGCGAGAUUCCUACGGGGGCCAGAGAAACGUUAGUGCGUACUGCCUGAUGUACAUUAAUGACAAGCUGCCCCACUUCAGUGCAGAGGCGGCCCCGAAUGAAUUAGAUCAGAUGUCAGGAGAAGUGGAAGCCCUGUCUGUUGAACUUAAGCAUUACAUUCAGGAAGAUAACUGGAGGUUUGAGCAGGAAGUGGAGGAAUGGGAAGAAGAGCAGUCUUGCAAAAUUCCUCAGAUGGAAUCUUCCACCAGCUCAGCAUCACAGGACUUCUCUCCAUCACAAGAAUCUUCAGUGGCCUCUUCCCACGGGGCUCGAUGCCUGUCCUCCGAGCACGCUGUGAUCGUGAAGGAGCAGACUGCCCAGGCGAUUGCAAACACAGCACAUGCCUAUGAGAACAGUGGCGUGGAAGCUGCCCUGAGUGAGCUUAAGGAAGCUGAACCCAAGAAGCCCAUGCCCCCGGAAACAAAGCUUGCAGAGCAGGCAGAGCAGCCCCCACAGGCUCGUGACGCAGAGUCUGCUGCCCAGCCUAAUGCUGAGGUCUCUGAAGUCGAGAUUCCCAGUGUGGGAAGGAUUCUGGUUAGAUCUGAUGCAGAUGGAUAUGAUGAGGAGGUGAUGCUGAGCCCUGCCAUGCAAGGGGUCAUCCUGGCCAUAGCUAAAGCCCGUCAGACCUUUGACCGAGAUGGGUCUGAAGCAGGGCUUAUUAAGGCAUUCCAUGAAGAGUACUCCAGGCUCUAUCAGCUCGCCAAGGAGACCCCCACCUCUCACAGUGAUCCUCGUCUUCAGCACGUGCUUGUCUACUUCUUCCAAAACGAAGCACCUAAAAGGGUAGUAGAGCGGACCCUUCUGGAACAAUUUGCUGAUAAAAAUCUUAGCUAUGAUGAAAGGUCGAUCAGUAUUAUGAAGGUGGCUCAAGCAAAACUGAAGGAGAUUGGUCCAGAUGACAUGAAUAUGGAAGAGUACAAGAAGUGGCAUGAAGAUUACAGUUUGUUCCGAAAGGUGUCUGUGUAUCUCCUGACAGGCCUGGAACUCUAUCAGAAAGGAAAGUACCAAGAGGCGCUUUCCUACCUGGUGUACGCCUACCAAAGCAAUGCCGCUCUGCUGAUGAAGGGGCCCCAGCGGGGCGUGAAGGAGUCGGUGAUAGCUUUAUACCGAAGAAAAUGCCUUCUGGAGUUGAAUGCCAAAGCAGCUUCUCUCUUUGAAACAAACGACGAGCACUCUGUAACAGAGGGCAUUAAUGUGAUGAAUGAGUUGAUCAUUCCCUGCAUUCACCUUAUCAUUAAUAACGACAUCUCCAAGGAUGACCUGGAUGCCAUUGAGGUCAUGAGAAACCACUGGUGCUCUUACCUGGGGCAGGAUAUCGCAGAAAAUCUGCAGCUGUGCUUAGGGGAAUUUCUACCCAGACUUCUAGAUCCUUCUGCAGAAAUCAUUGUCUUAAAGGAGCCUCCAACUAUUCGACCCAAUUCUCCCUAUGACCUUUGUAGCCGAUUUGCAGCUGUCAUGGAGUCAAUUCAAGGAGUGUCAACUGUGACAGUGAAAUAA